AUGAAAAAAUUACCUAGUAGUUAUUUGGAGCCUAAAAUAUUUGAUAACAAAUACAUUAUCAAAUAGUAAUUAAGUUCUGGAUCAUUUGGAGUUGUUUAUCUUGCUAUUCAUAAAAUUACUAGAGAAGAGGUAGCUGUCAAAUUAGAAAAAGGAGAAUAAGAAACAUUAGAUCGAGAAGUUUACUUGUUAACUAAAUUGUAAGGUAUCUAAGGAAUUACUAAAAUUUAUUGGUUUGGAAGUGAAUAAAACUAUAAUGUUAUGGUCAUUGAAAUUCUUGGUAAAGACUUAGGUUAUUAUGCAAAAACUUAUAAGCAAUUAUCAUUGAAAACUGGUUUAUAAUUAUUAGAAUAGCUUAUAACAAUAUUUAGUUUUGUGCAUAACAAAGGAAUUGUUCAUAGAGAUCUAAAACCUGAAAAUAUAAUGAUGGGUAAAAUCAAUUCAGCAUAAGCCUAUUUAGUUGAUUUUGGAGUUUCUAAAUAGAUUUUUGAUUAAGGAAGACAUAUGUACCUAUUUAUAUUAUCAAUAGACCUUUUCGAGAUAACAAAUCAUUCAUUGGAACAACUAGAUACGCUUCAAUUGCAGCUCAUAAAGGAUAUGAAAUUGGUCGUAAAGAUGAUUUAGAAAGUCUUAUGUAUGUUAUUAUAUAUCUUAUUUUGGGGUAUAUUGUUUAAUUAACUUUUAAAGCAAAUUACCUUGGCAAAAUCUUUAAAAUAUAGGAGACAAGGACAGAACUAUUGCUGUUGGUGAAGUUAAAAUGCAAACAUCAAUUUAAUAACUUUGCAAAGAUUUACCUUCCCCUUUCUAUGAAUACCUAAAGUAACUCAACCAUUUUAACUAGUUAUUUAAAAGAACUUAACUAUUAAGAUUAACCAGAUUAUGAAUUACUCAAAAAGAUUAUGAGACAGUGUUCAGACACAAAUACAUAUGAUAAUUAAUUUGAAUGGACAGAUAAGAUAUAAGAAAAACUUGGAGAUGUUAAAUAGUAAAAUUCUUUCUUAGCUGUCCCAAAUGGCUUGAAUGAUUAACCAAGAUAAAACACAAAAAAAUAAUCUUAUAUGGGUAUACAUCUCUUCAAUUUUAGGCUCUCAAUCUUCUAAUAUAGUUAAAUAUAUUCCUUCUUGUCAAGAAGCUUUACCAAUAAAGUCUUAGCCUUAAAAAAUUGUAGCGAGUUAACCUCAUAUUGAAUUAUUAAAGUAGCUUGAUACUGUCGAUUUUGAUGACAUUGAAGAAAAUAUGAAAAAUUAUCCUACUUUAGAGUAGAAAUUGUCAGGAUUACAAUUAUUUGAUGCAAAAUUUAAGGAAAAUUGUAUUUCUCAUUCUGCGAUUCAUGUUUUUGAUCAUUGA